AUGUCCUCAAUUAAGGCGCCACUCUCUCAAAAUCUUAAAGUUGCGCUUAUUCAAAUAAAGGCUGGAGCUCAGAAGGCUGCCAACUUGCAAAAAGUCACCACCUUCAUUGACAAUGCUGUGGCUCAGGCUACUGGAAAGCUUGAUCUCGUAAUGUUACCUGAGUGCUUCAAUUCUCCAUACGCUGUUGACAAAUUCAGAGAAUAUGCCGAGAACAUUCCAAACGGAGAGACCACCGGUUUGCUCUCGAAAUUGGCCAAGCAGCAUGGUCUCUACAUUGUUGGAGGAUCCAUCCCUGAACUUGACGACUCCGAUAACAACGUCUACAACACCUCAUUGACUUUUGAUCCCGAGGGAAACAUCAUUGCCAAGCACCGCAAAACUCACUUGUUUGACAUUGAUAUCCCCGGCGGAAUCACGUUCAAGGAAAGUGUGACUUUAACUGGGGGUGACAAGGGCACUGUGUUCAAGCUUGGAAACUUUGGUAAUGUUGGAUUGGGCAUUUGCUACGAUAUUCGCUUCCCGGAGUUGGCCAUUAUCGCUUCCAGAAAGCCUAACAAUGCUUUUGCCAUGUUCUACCCUGGAGCGUUCAACACCACGACUGGUCCCUUGCACUGGCAUUUACUUGCUAGAGCUAGAGCGGUCGAUAACGAAAUGUUCGCUAUUUUGUGCAGCCCAGCUAGAGAUGUAGGUGGAGAUGGCUAUCAAGCUUACGGUCACUCUUUGGUGGUCGAUCCUUCCGGAAAUAUUGUUGCGGAGGCUGGAGAAGGUGAGGAGAUCCUUUAUGCUGAAUUGGACAAGGAGUUGUUGCCCAAGGCCAGAGAAAGCAUUCCUGUUCAUUUCCAAAGACGUUUUGAUGUCUACAAUGACGUUACCGAGGGGGCCAAGGUCAGUGAUAAAUAA